GGCCCGGUGCAGGCGGCGGGAUGACUUCAGUUCAAAGUUCAGCUGCUUCGAAGAAGAGACAGAGACCUAGCAGAUCUGCAGAAAAACUUAUGAAACAAGAGGAGGAGAAAAAGCAUUUGGAAGAAGAAGAGUUACGAUUGGCAGCUGAACAACUGGAACGAGAAAUUCUUGAACAGAGGAGACUUGAGGAGGAAGAGAGAGCAAGAAUUGCAGCAGAGGAUAAGGCACGUAAAGACAAUGAACUACCUGAACUUUUCCAAAUUUUGAAAAGGAAUAUGGCUUCUGUUCAGAGGUUGCGCAAAAAUUUUAGAGAAGUUACCAAGUGGCAACGUUACAUGAAAUGUGAUGGAACUCCUGAUCCAACGAUUCCCCAGGAGAUUAAUACCUUCAUAAAUCUUUCCAAAGAGGAUCCAAAUACAGACAUAAAGUCAAUGUUUGAAGGAGGUAGAAUAAUAUUAGGGCUUUUAGAUGAAUUGGAGAUGUUGUUAAGUGACACUCCAACUGAUGAAUUGCUUGAGACGACUGCAGCCCAGUACCAACAAACCAUUUGGGACCUGCAGAAGCUCCUUUCCAACAUCAAUGAUAAAGCAACAGAUAUUCUCCUGCAGAAAGCUGUUGACCUUGUUGACAUUGAGACUGGAAACAUGCAAGAAGUAGUUAACGAUGAGAACAUCACUCUCUGUUUGUGGGCAAACUUCAACAAAAAUCCCAGAUUUAAGGGCUAUGAAUUUGUUAACAAUCAUGUGGAAUUUGAACUCCCUCGACCCCUGGCUAUGUGUGAUAUUGCCGUACGAAUCUUGCACACUCAAUAUGACCACAUAUCUUGUCACAUUCCUCUGUUUCAAGCUCAACAGAAAGCUUUUAGAAGUAAGCCUGUUCUAUUUGAAGUUAAGGAGGAUAAGGAAGCAAAGGACCAAGAACAGAAAGCCACUGAAGAACAGAAAGCCACUGAAGAACAGAAAGCCACUGAGGCCAAGCAUGCUUUGGAGGCCAGGCUAAUGAUCGAUGAAGAACUAAGACUUCCUCGUCCAAUGAGAACAAGGAGUGCUUUGAGUGCCUCUUCCAGAGAAGAAUUAUUGAGGAACAGGAGACCAAGUGCUGGGAGAUCUUCAGCUCAUACAGAAAAAGGAGUGCCAACCUAUAGAUCUUCUUCAACUGCAUCCAAAGAGGCCAUAGAUCAAUAUAUCGUUGACUUUAAUCAGUACACACCUCUGGGCGGCGUUUAUUAUUUUGAUGUGUUGAAGUUGCCACCUCAACCCAAGUUUGUUAAUGGAUGGAGAAUUGUCCAGCUGUCGGAUACGGGUUUGCAGCCAUUUUCCUAUCCACUGGUGUCAGCCAGGGAAAGCACUUCCUUUCUGGGAAAUCUUGAGGAAAAGGAAGGCGAAAACCAUCCUAUACCAGCUGUAGGAAUCGCCAUCAAACUCCCUCUGAGAGCAUUAUUCUUUGAACAGCCCAAGCCUGCCAGAUGGGAUGCAGCAGGAGUGCAGUGGAGGACAGAUGGCAUUCAUAGUGUCACAUUUGAUCCAGAGACAAAUGUAAUCUCCUUUAAGAUGGACACAUUCAACAUCUUCACCCUGAUUCAGAGAAAUGAUGUCAACAUGCCUUUCCAAUCCUGGGAAAUCAAGCCUGUGGCAGAAAAUGAGGCUCUUUUAACUGUUUCUGCUGCUUUAACUCUAGUGGAAAUUCGAAUCAAGGACCUGUGCCAACUGUGUCCCAUCCCCACCGAGGACAACCUCUCACACAUAAGAGGAAAGUGGAUGACAGCUUCCACUCUAAUCAUUUCGAUGAUAAAUGCAGGGCUGAACAUCUUCCCAGGGAAUGAGUCCGAGAAGUAUGUUAAAACUGAAAAGAACAAGCAACUGGAGCAAGAAACGUACACAGAGAUGGCCCUGGUGACCUCUGCAAUAGCCUUCAAAUGGAGCAAGUGGAACUUGUACUCUGAGCAGGAAGAAAUAGUUCUUCAGGCCUAUGAAAAUCUCACUGAAGAGACGAUAGCAGAGGAUAGCUGGUCUCUUUACUUGUUACGUCCAGAGAGGUCGCAAAAACUGAAGAUUAAGGAAUCCAGUGAAGAAUGGACAAAAGAAAUUGCCGAGAACACAGACCUUUACUCCAACUUGUACCACAUGAUGAAGGGCCAAGCCAGCGAUACUGCUAAGGAGAGGAUUCUAAACACUGAUCACCUCUUUUUCACUAACGUGUAUGAAAUUCUACAAGCCACCAAGUUGCUGUCAAACACAGUGCCGGUCAGCUGA